GCAGAGUAGUGGGGUGGAAAGAAGAAGAGAGACAAAAGAUGAGAUGAGAGAAAAUAAAUUUGAUAAAAAAACCCCAAUUGCCUCCUUUUACAUGGAAAUUCACUACAAACAAAAAGCUGAAAAUUAUAAUAAAUUUAGCUUGCAAUUGGUUGCCUCCGCAGGCAACUCCAAAUUAUCCCAACUCCAAAACCCACGGGUCGACUAUAAAGAUGAAAAACCCGACAAGAAAUAAUAAAAAAGAACUCAUGUUCACACUUUCAUACCUAAUCCGCCGCUCUCUCUUCUGUUCUUCUUCUUCACACUUUCCUUCCACGCCGCUCCUGCGCAUCGUCGCCAUGAACAACUCGUCGUCCACCCCUUAAAAUCAUUAUCCUUUUCUUUGUUGCUUACAAAUUACAACAUCAAAACCAUUCCCUAAUCAAAAUCUGAAAUCCCUAAAAUCAGCCUCCAAGUUCAAAGUCUUCGGCGUCGUACCACUAACGCUGAAGGAGGAAGAGUCGAAGCAGCUUGUAGUUAAUGGGAAGCAAGAAAUCUGGGGAUCGUUGGAGCAAUGAUGAAGCUUUCUCCUCCAAGAGUGAAACCCUUUUGCAACCAGAAGAAGUCAUUAGCUUUCUUAUGUUCUUCUGCAACCCCAUCAUUUCCUUCAGCACCUUCAUCUCCACAACUUUCAAAUAUGGCUGCUGCAAUACUCAACUCCCCAACCCCACAACAGGCGUUGAGGAUUUUCAACUCAGCUUCGAGAAAUGUGAACCCUGCGAAAACUUUAAAACUCCAUUCAGCCAUUGUUCAUCUUUUAACUGAGGCGAAGUUGUAUGUGAAGGCCAGGUGUUUGAUAGAAGGCCUGAUCGAGAUUUUGAGGAGAACCCGGAAGCCCCACAAAGUGUGUUCCUCGAUUUUCAAUGCGCUUAAGCAUGUUCAAACAUCGGGGUGUCGUCCAAAUGUGUUUGGAGUGCUGAUUGGUGCUUUGUGCGAAAGGGGCCUCGUUGAUGAUGGGUAUUGGGUGUAUCGCAAAAUGGGGAAAUUGCCUGCAGUCCAGGCAUGCAAUGCGCUUUUGAAUGGGAUUCUGAAAACGGGUCGUGUUGAACUGAUGUGGGAGGUUUACAAUGACAUGGUUUUAAAUGGUUUAUUGCCUAGCGCGGUGACUUAUGGAAUACUAAUAGAUGCUUCUUGUGAUCGAGGGGAUAUUGUGAAGGCUAGAUUGUUGCUUGAAGAGAUGAUUGAGAGGGGAUUAAAACCGACAGUUGUUAUUUACACGACCCUUAUACAUGGACUAUGCAUAGAGAAUAAUAUGCUGGAAGCAGAAAAAAUUUUCACAAGGAUGCGAGAGUAUGGAGUGGUGCCUAACCUCUACACUUACAAUGCUCUAAUAGAUGGUUAUGCUAAGAUGGCGAGUGUUGAAAAAGCUCGCAGGGUUUAUUAUGAAAUGUUGGAUCAAGGAGUGCUGCCAAAUGUUAUUACCUAUAGCAUCCUAAUAUAUUUGCUUUGCAAGAAAGGUGAGCUUGUAGCUUUUAGGAGCUAUUUUGUGCAUAUGGUGAAGUUGAAUGUCAUUCCUAACGUUUAUAUAUAUAAUUGCUUAAUGGAUGGCUUCUGUGAGGCCGGUGAUCUAUCUGCUGCUAUGGACAUGCAUCUGGAGAUGGAGAUAUUUGGUAUUUUGCCAGAUGCUGUCACGUAUGGAAUACUUAUGAAGGGCUAUUGUAGAAUUGGUAGAGUUGAGGACGCAGAGAAUUUAUUUUGCAAGAUGAACAAGGAAGGAUUGAUGCUGAACUCUGUCCUAUUCAAUACGCUGAUUGAUGGGUAUUGUAAGAAAGGAAACAUGGAAAAGGCUGUGGAAAUUUCUUCUCAAAUGAUAGAGAAGGGCUUGCAACUUGAUAUCGUUACAUUUUGUACACUGAUAAAUGGCUAUUGCAAAGCAGGGCAAUUGGCGACUGCUAUGGGAUUUUAUAAUGAAAUGACAAUUAAAGGUUACAAGCUUGAUGUAGUCGCUUAUAGCGCUUUGAUCGAUGGCCACUUCAAAAAUGGUUAUACUGAUGCAGCUCUUCAGUUGCACAAAGAAAUGAUGGAUGCUGGUAUAGCUCCAAAUAUUUUCACGAUUACUUCUGUGAUUGAUGGGCUGUGCAAAGAUGGACGGAUAAAUAAUGCAAUCAAUUUUUUCUUGGAACAAACUACAACUGAAUUUUCUGCUGAAACAGGUCAGGUGGAUAGUAAUCAUAUGAGCUACUGUUCCCCCAAUAACAUUACAUAUUCAAUCUUAAUCAAUGGUCUGUGCAAAAAUGGUCAGACUUUUAAGGCCAGUAAGUUUUUCUCGGACAUGCGAAGCAGUGGGUUACAGCCAGAAGUGUUUGAUUAUGCUGCCAUUAUCCAAGCGCACUUUGGAGCUAAGCAUGUGCUCCCUGUGAUGAUGCUAAAAGCAGAUAUGGUGAAGAUGGGGAUACUGCCAAAUGCAUUCAUAUAUAAGGUACUAGAUAGAGGUUACCAGGAGAUGGCAUACUUUGCAUCAGCUCAGAAGUGUCGUGAUUAUUUAUGGAAUUUAGGUUUGGAUUAUACAAAAUUUUCUUUUACACAGUCCCCUGUAUAAUGUAGAUGAUAAUUUGCAGCGAUUCGUGAAUGCAAAUCAAGUCUAGAGCAGUUGUUACCUUAUGAGAAAUUGCAGUUUGAUUCAAACAAGUGUAAAUUGUAGUUAGAUUUUAACGUGUUUCAUGGUUUAUGACCAUCUCUUUCAAGUUCUGUGUUUCUCAUUGGAAGGGAUGACUACAUACGACAAUAGCAAUGUGCAAGUCACUGUGAUGACAAGUGAAAUAGCACCGGAGGAAGAGUAUUCGAUCCACAGGCUAGAGGUA